CCCCGCGCCCCCCUCGCCCCCCGCGCCCCCCGCGCUCCGCGCGCGUCCGGAGUCCAGCCCCGAGCGCGGAGCCCGGAGCCCAUCGCGGGCUCGCAGCCGACCGAGAGCCGCCGGCGCCGGCAGCCAGGUGCCAUGCUGCCGCUGCUCGUGCUGGGGCUGCUGGGCCCGGCGGCCUGCGGGGCCCUGGGGCCCGCGCCGGCGCCCGCGGAGCUGCGCUCGGCCUUCUCGGCGGCGCGCACCACGCCGCUGGAGGGCUCGUCGGAGCUGGCGGUGACCUUCGACAAGGUGUACGUGAACAUCGGCGGCGACUUCGACCCGGCCACGGGCCGCUUCCGCUGCCGCGUGCCGGGCGCCUACUUCUUCUCCUUCACGGCGGGCAAAGCCCCGCACAAGAGCCUGUCGGUGAUGCUGGUGCGCAACCGCGACGAGGUGCAGGCGCUGGCGUUCGACGAGCAGCGGCGGCCCGGGGCGCGGCGCGGCGCCAGCCAGAGCGCGCUGCUGCAGCUCGACUACGGCGACGCCGUGUGGCUGCGGCUGCACGCGGCGCCGCACUACGCGCUGGGCGCGCCGGGGGCCACCUUCAGCGGGUACCUGGUGUACGCCGACGCCGACGCGCCCGCCGCCAGCGCCAGCGCCAGCGCCAGCGCCAGCGCCAGCGCCAACGCCCUGGCCGCCGCCCCGCCGCGCGCCGAGGAGCCGCGCUCCGCCUUCUCGGCCGCGCGCACCCGCAGCCUGCUGGGCUCGGACGCGGGCCCCGGGCCGCACCACCGGCCGCUCGCCUUCGACACGGAGCUCGUCAACAUCGGCGGCGACUUCGACGCGGCGGCCGGCGUGUUCCGCUGCCGCCUGCCCGGCGCCUACUUCUUCGCCUUCACGCUGGGCAAGCUGCCGCGCAAGACGCUGUCGGUGAAGCUCAUGAAGAACCGCGACGAGGUGCAGGCCAUGAUCUACGACGACGGCGCGUCGCGGCGCCGCGAGAUGCAGAGCCAGAGCGUGAUGCUGCCGCUGCGGCGCGGCGACGCCGUCUGGCUGCUCAGCCACGACCACGACGGCUACGGCGCCUACAGCAACCACGGCAAAUACAUCACCUUCUCGGGCUUCCUGGUGUAUCCCGACCUGGCCCCCGCCGCCGCCGCAGCUGGCGGGGCGCGGCCCCCCGAGCUCUGAA